AUGUAUAGUAUGAUGGAGCAUGAAUUGAAGAACUCUGGUCCACCACCUUCACACCAGAACGGUCCGGGGAUGUCUCCAGUUAGUGGAGUUGGUAAUAUGCACUCCGGGUCCAAGGCAGUUUGUCCACCCGGCGGGAACCCUAUGGACAAAGUGAAACGGCCGAUGAACGCAUUUAUGGUGUGGUCUCGAGGUCAGCGGCGGAAGAUGGCACAGGAGAACCCGAAACUGCACAACUCCGAGAUCAGUAAACGCCUCGGAGCGGAGUGGAAGCUGCUGACGGACGCAGAGAAGCGGCCGUUCAUCGACGAGGCUAAGCGGCUGCGGGCACUACACAUGAAGGAGUAUCCCGACUACAAGUACAAGCCUCGCCGCAAAACCAAACCUCUCUUAAAGAAGGACAAUCAGGUGGGGAAAUACCCUCUAUCCGCUGGCAACUUGCUGGCUGCUGCCGCAGCGCAAGGAACUGGCGGGAGCCCGAGGAUGGAUAGUUACGGAUGGGGUCCAACAGGGGGCUACGGGGGGAUGCAGAGCGAAACCCUUGGCUACCCGCAGCAACUUCAUCGCUACGACUUGUCGGCCCUUCAGUACCCCCCACCCAUGACAGCAGCACAGACUUACAUGAACGGCGCAAACUCUUACAGUCCAAUGUCCUACAGCAGCAGUCCUCAGCAGCCUAGUCCCGUAAUGUCUAUGGUCAAACCAGAGCAAGUGUCGCAUUCACCGACUGGAGCCCCGAACCCCCAUCGUGGAGCUCUGCAGGGAGAUCUGAGGGACAUGAUCAGCAUGUAUAUUCCUGGGGGUGACACAAGUGAUCCUGCCGCACAGAGGGGAUACCCCAGUGUUCAGCAGCACUAUCUAAGCGGGACUGUCCCUCUUACACACAUCUGA